CCUGAUUGUCAAGUGCAAUUUGCAGUAUAGAGAACAGGCACAUUUUCACUGUUGUUACUGCCAAAACACAGUUAUAAGGAAAGUCCAGAUUUUAAAACAUUUAGCAUCAUGCAAAACAAGACCAGUUCCACCUACAGAACCAGUUGUCAGCUGCAAUCAGGGAACCUGGUGUCACCUGUGAAGCCAUUUUCUCCAGUGCACCAGCUGCCUUUAAAGAAACAGCUGUGGCUGAAGGAGUCUCCUUGCAUAUAAAAUCCCAACCUAUUCGUAAAAAAUUGCGCAUUCAGCAAAACGUGCAGUGCGUUCACUGUGGAGUAACUGUCAACAAAAAAAUCUAAACGUUCAUGUUAAAAGAAAACACACUGGUAAGAUCUGUGAUGUUACAGAAAAUCAUCACCUACCUUCACAGUGCAUAGACCCAGUUAGUGGUAUAUAUGCAGUUGAAAAGUCAUUUUCCAGACCAUGUUCUGUAAUCCAUGUGCAGAAAAAAACGUCAGGUCCACAUCCAGUUGUUACAUGUGAAAUGGAUGAAUGCAGUUCCAAUGUAGAAAUUGCCACCCGAAGUGGCUUUCAGCACUUCAAAUGUAUACAUUUAAAGUCACUGCAGUUCUGUCCAUGGCCUAACCGGACACCAGUUGUCCUUGAAGAAGAUGUCCUGGUAGACAUGAUAGCUGCAAAUGUGUUUGGGGAACAGACCAAGACAACCUGCAUGGCCACAAAGGCAGCAGCAAGUGCGGCUGGUGUUCCACUGACUGUUGAGGUGACUCUUGGAGGUCCAUCUACAAAGAGGUAUAUUUCUGUCUAUGAACCCAAAGUGUCAUACUACAGCAGACUUGGUAGAGUCAUUGCUUGACAACAUUCGCAACACAUGGCAUUGUCCCUGUGCAAAGCCAAGGAUAGCUUGUUUGCACAAAAACAUUGCUAGGUGGCAUCUCUUCCAGCUACACAGGCAGUUGUUUGUAUCAUCACCCACCGACAGAACUGCACAGUGCCUAGCACAAGAACAUGCUUGUCAGGAAAGUACCGGAUUGGAAUAUCCUCCCAGUGGUGAAGGUCUCAAACAGAUGUUGUAUUACCUGAUGAAAAACAAAACUCUGCCAGCCGAACUCCCCCAGAAAUACAUCACAGGCUCAAUGACAAUCAAUGACAUUCCCAAACACCUUGUGCCAAAGGAGACUGUUUUCUCAGAAUGUACAGGCAAUGUGGUCCUAAGUGAGCCAGUGUUGAUAACUUCCAAAGGAAAGGUUAUAACAUACACUGGUGUUGUUGAGGGAUUUUCUACGUACUACCGCAUGUGCAGCAACUGUGGUCUAAAAUACCGCUAUCAAGAGUGGACUGAUGGUCUUCACAAUUUUGAUGACCAUUUGCUGAUGUCAUUACACAUGUGCAUUAUCCUGCGUCAUUCACUCCAGGUUUGUUUUUACUGAAGGAAUUAAGUAUAUGGUGUUCUUUUAAAUCACAUUCCUAGAGCCUCCCCAACACUGCAUGUUUUCCAUCCGUGUGUCUCAAUCAGCUCCCUAGUUCAGUAGUCAGGGCACUGAUCAGGGAGUCAGCCACAUUCACUUUCAUUCACGACCUAGGGAACUAGGGAGCUGAUUGAGACAGGGCAUGUCUUCUUAUUCAAACGCACCUGAUUCAGAUCAUCAGCUCAUUAGUAGAGACUCCAAGACGGGUGGGAAACGUUGAUCCUGGAGGGCCAUUGGGCGUGUCUCAUUCUGGUCCCUAGCUCGUGAAUCAGUAUAUCCUGUACACGAAUUUGGGCACU